AUGUUAAAAAGAAAUAAUUUCUGGGAGCAAGUUUUUGAGGAUCCCAUGGUCGAGAAGGAGAAUUUCAUUCGCCGACGGUUUAAAAAGGUUUUCAACAUGAAAGAAGAGGAUUUUCCGACUCUCCGCGAUUUCAACGACUACCUCGAGCAUGUAGAAGUUCUGGUGAUGAACUUGCUCUACGAGGAGAACAUCGAAGAGACUGAACGCGAAGUGCGAGAAUAUCAGAAAAACGCCGAACAAAUCGAGAAAAACCGCAAAAAGUUCAACUCCGACGAGAUUUGGAUCCAGGAGCAAAUUGCCGACGAGCAAAAGAUGAAGUCACGGUUGCACAAUUUGCGCACCGAAGAGGAGAUGAAAGAUCAAAACGAGAAGCUGAACGUCAAGGACACGAAGGAGAUUAUGAAAGAGCUCCGGGAAUCGAACGUCGCUGCGGAAAUGAUUUUGGAUCGAGAGAGAAAGCGGCAAAUCGAACAGGACCUCGAGCAAAAAGAGGAAAUGGAGCGCAAAAAGAAGCUGAAGAAAGAACGCAAGCGCAAUGAUGGGCUUACUUUUGCUGCUCAUCGGAUUGCCGGGCGUCCGUAUUUCCACAGACCCAUGGUCAUCGACACUAACGGCCCGCCGAUGCUUACCAUCAACGAGAUCGAGUCCGGAGGAUAUUUACGGUUCAUCCGCGAGCCGUCUGCUCAUCGUCGUGCGGGUGGCUACACUUCUUCUAUCGCUUGCUUCAAGGCGCUGCUCGAGGUGCGGCUCGACCUCUUCGCCGUCAAGACGAUGACCCCGAUCACCGCCUCCGAA